ACCCGCCACAACGACGGAGCGUGGUACGAGUAAUUGCAUUUGAAUGAACGUAAGGUGCUUGAAUUAGAAGUAGUUGAUUAGUGCCGGUUUGCGCGAAGUUAACAAAAUAUAACAGUGCCGAAACGAUCCACGGUGCCCGAUGGUGACAAGUUGAGACAAUGGAGGUCUCUCAAAAGCUGAAUUUCGACGCCUGCGACAUCGAGGAUGAGGAACUGAACAUCAGCUGUCGCACGAACAGUUCGGGUUGUGAUGUUGACGACGUGUUGAAUUCCUCGGCAGAUGAUUUAGAAUGCUCACCUUUCCAUCAACCCAGGAAACUCUCGUUCAGUGCCGCAAUGGAAUGCGGCGAUAAUGACUCUAUACAGAAAAGUCCGACAAUCGCAGUAACAGGUUCUAAUGGAGUAAAAAUACCUUCUCGAGAAGGAGGACCUGGCGAAUCACCAAUGGAAUUGUCUAGCAGCCCACCUUACAAACGCGUUAGAGCACUACGGUUAUUAGAUUCACCUGCCACACCAAAAACUCUGAUAGAAAAAAGUAUCAACCAUACUCCAUUGCCUUCAAGAUGCACUAGGCUUUUUCACCCAGAAAAACCACGAGCAGUGGCUUCGUGUUAUCCGACAAAGUCUGAUAAACCAACAGCUAAUGUUAACCCUUUCACACCUAAUGGAAUGUUACUCACUGCCAGAAAGAGAACUCGGUCCAAGCGCAGUCUUAAUGGUUCUCCUGACAUCCGAAUUCCCAAGUUUGAUCUUGUUGAUUCAGAGGACUCGGACAAUGAAGUAGCACAACCAACGAAGCGUGUUGCGCUCCAUGCAUCAAACAUAUCUAGGUACCACCAAGAGUUCCAUGAACUCGAACUAAUCGGUAUUGGGGAGUUCGGCUCUGUAUACAAAUGUAUCAAUAGACUAGACGGCUGCAUCUAUGCAGUAAAGAAGAGCAUUAAACCUGUAGCUGGAAGUGUAAACGAAAAGAAUGCUCUGAACGAAGUAUACGCCCAUGCCGUACUUGGCAAGCAUCAGCACGUAGUGCGCUACUACUCUGCAUGGGCUGAAGAUAACCAUAUGAUCAUUCAAAAUGAGUACUGCAAUGGUGGGAGUUUGGCUGAUGCCAUUUCUAAUCUUCCAGCCGAUAAGAGGCACUUGUCGGAAGCCGAAAUGCGCCAACUUUUGUUGCAUGUUGCAGAAGGCCUUAGAUACAUACAUUCUAUGCAAUUAGUUCACAUGGAUAUUAAGCCUGGAAAUAUUUUUAUUUCAAAAGAAAAGAGGCUCCAUACCGUUAAUUAUGAUUCUGCUGAUGACGGGUUUGAUGAGGAAGAGACCGUCGAAGAAGAAAUAACUUAUAAAAUUGGAGAUUUGGGUCACGUCACUUCAAUUAGUAACCCGCAAGUUGAAGAAGGCGACUGCAGAUAUCUUCCAGCAGAAAUUCUUCAUGAAGACUUUACUCAUUUACCUAAGGCUGAUAUUUUUGCAUUGGGUUUAACAGUUUAUGAAGCUGGAGGUGGGGGUGCUUUGCCUAAAAAUGGUCCCGAAUGGCAUGAAAUUAGGAAUGGAAACCUCAAGGAGCUACCACAUUAUAGUAGAGAUCUGAACGAAUUAUUGAAGCUGAUGAUUCAUCCAAAACCAGAGAUGCGACCAUCUGCAGUAUCGUUAAUUCAAAACAGAGUUUUAUCCCCAUUUGGGAAUAAGACCAAAGCUCAACUACGGCGGGAGCUAAAUGCUGAGAAACUUAAAAAUGAAAUCCUGAUGAAGCAACUUCAAGAAGCUGCUAAGUGCCUAAAAACUAUUGCACCCAACAUGGGUGCUAUCAAUCUCUCUACAAAUUUUGGGGGAUAUAGAUUGAGGCCGACAACAACCAGAACCUCUUCACGGGCAGUUGGCAAAAAGGUUAAUCGUAGUAAUAGUACGACAAAUUUUUGAUGGUUAUUCAUGAAAGAAAAGUCAAUGCAAGCUUUGAAGCAAGCAUGGCAUCAGAUGGUGCCUUGAUAUUGUGAUAUCCAAGUAACUUUAGUAAGUAAGUGAAAUAAAAUGAAUUUUUAACCCAAAAUAAUUAGUAUGCAGAGUUGAAAUCAUAAUGUGCCACUAACUAAGGACGAAUAUAUUGCUUGUCAAAAUUAAUCACUUCAAUGUCAAGGCUUAAUUUAUAAUAAAAAUAAUUUGAACAGGUCAGACUGUAUUUUAUAUUCUAUAAUUCUCAAUUUUGCACCUUAAACAUUCUCCUGUUGUUGUCGAUGUCACCUCUAAGGUCUCAGCAAAAUACAUCCAUUUUGUUCAACUUUAUUCUACACACGUGUAUCAAGUAAAAUGGAUUAAUUUGAUGAAAUAUGUAUUUCUUUAUUUUUCUCAGUAGGCCGAGGUACAGAGUUAAACGAACAUUGAAUGAAUAUGUGUCUGGCAAUGCUGCGUCCUUAUAUUCCUAACUCCAUUUAACUCGCGACAAUUUGACUCUGCAUACGAUGUUACAACGUAAUAAAUAUACUCAAAAAACAGUUUGUUGAUUGAGUUACCCAGGAGCUAGAGUAUUUUCUUUUCUAAAUUAUUUUGUCAAUUUUUUUAUAAGUGCACUUUUCAGUAUGCCUUGAAUAUCGCAUCAUAAAUAUACAUAUAUAUGUAGAAAUAUAUAAAUAUUAUAUGAAGUAAAUAAUACGUUGACGUAAUUAGAAAGCAGAAUUUCAUUCCCAUUUUCUGGUUAAGCUUGGAAUGGUGAAUGUGAAGUUUACGCUUUCUGCUCAUUUACAAUGUAGGUCAUUUUUUUUAUAGAAAAGUAAACCAGUUAACUUUGGCAGUAACACAUUUACCCCAGUUUUGAGUUACCUGGGAAAUACGGAAAAAUAUGCGAUGUAUCCAGACAAUAAAUCGUAGCUGUGAACCUUUUUUAUAAUGCUGAAGGUGUCUGGCUACAAGAAUUAAUAUAAUUACCCAUGUUUCGACUAAUAACUGUUCAUUUCUUGCAGGAUUUACAUUAAUCCGUUACCAUUAAUUUGUUAUCUAAUUUUCAUUUAAGCUUAAACAAUAACUAAACCUUGGUGUAGCAUGAAAUAUCCAAGGAAAUUAUGCAGCUACAAUACUCUCCCAAUUUCCCAGGUGUCUUUGUAUUUAUAUCUACAGCAUACAGAGCUGCUGCUGUACAUUUUUCAUUUACACUUCAAUCGGAACUAUUAAAAUUCAUUUCGAUGUUUUUCUCUAAUAUUGUUAGUAUUAAAAGUGAACAAAAGUUCUCAUAGUUUCCAAUGAAUUCAUCAACUUGAAAUGCAUUAAUUAUGAUUAUGCGAAAUUGUGUUCUAGUUAUCAGAUAUAAUGCAUGACAUUUUUUUUCUUGCUAAAUUUGAAAAUUUGCCACGAUAAAAUUAAUUUCAAUAUUGCAAAUUUUCAAGUUCAGAAAUCAAUAGUCAUUUUCAUAAGUCACGAAAAUAUCGGUAAGUCUGUGACAAAGCAAACUUUAACCAGAAUGAAAGUUUGUUGAUUUUCAGAACACACUAACGUCUAUACCAUUGUGACAUCGUUUUUAUAUUGUAGUUACUUGUGCCGUUAUGUAGAUAAUUGUUAAGCAGUGUGACCAGAGGUACAGCAUCGUUAGAACAUUGGAAUCAUUCUUACUGUGCCCAACAGAUUGGUGUAUGUGAUGGAAGGUUUCUCACAUUAGUCUGUGAUUUUACUUUAAAUAGUAAAAACGAACUUGGAGUGUGUUUUACAACCAUUAUUUUUUUAAUUGUAUUUUGCUUAUAUGAGCACGGCCUGUUUUGUAAGCUAUGUACUAAUUGCGUAAUGUAGUUAUUAUCUGUAAACUGUCAUUAUUUUCAUUAUAUCAUACCGUGAAUCGAUAUACAUGUAUCUAGUGAUAAAAUUUUAUAAUUUUUGGUAUUUACAAUGUAAGUCCAAAUAAUAAGCGAUUGUUGCAUGUAAUUUUAACUUGAAAGUAUGUUAUAAUUAACCAUAUACGAUAGAUAAUUAAGAAAAAAAGUACAUUUAAUUCGAAUAAUUGAUAAAAUAUAAGAUAGUUUAAUCUUACAUCAAGAAUAAUUACAGACUAAGAAUCAAUUGACUGACAAUUUACAUACAUAUAAGAUUAAUUUAGUGAUGUGUAUUGUCCUAACAUAAUUUAAAUUUUAUUUAUCACGAUAACUAUCUACAUAUGUUAUAAUACUUAAGUACUUGUGACAUCGCAUCAAUGUUUCUAUGUAAUUUCGAAAUAUAUCUUUACGAAUAGCAGUGGACUUGUCGAUCUUGGGGAAGCCUGCAACCAAUCAUGCUUCGGUGCAAAAGGAACACUAGCGACGCUUGUGGUGAAAUUUUUUAGUGGG